AUGUCUUCUGAAGAUGUUGCCUGGGAUGUCGACUUGGUUCGUGAUUUGUUUAAUGACAGGGAUGCUAAUUUAAUUCUUAGUAUUCCCUUAUCUUUAAGUCGUAGAGUUGAUGUAUGGUUUUGGUGUUGGGAAAAAACAGGGCAUUUUUCAGUUAAAUCAACAUAUAAGCAGUUACAAUUGUCAAAGAACGGGGAGUCUCAACAAAGUAAUUCUGUGAUUUGGAAGGGCAUUUGGAAGUUGUAUGUCCCUCCUAAAGUUAAAGAUCUGGUAUGGCGAGCGGCUUCGGAUUGUCUUCCUACUAAAACUCGCUUACGGUCUAGGCAUGUCCAAGUUGAUAAUGGUUGUCCAAGGUGUGCGAAUCAUGCUGAAACUCCUUACCAUUGUUUGGUCGAUUGUCCUUUUGCUAAUAGCUGUUGGGAGCUUACUGGUUUGAAGAAAACUGUCCAAGUCGUGACUUCUUUUGCCGGUUGGUUGGAAGCCAUGUUCCAGCAGUUGGAUAAAGAUCAGAGAGCUGAUGUUGCAGUGCUUUGUUAG